AUCCUCCCACAUCCACUCCAUCAGGUUAAAGAUCAGUCCGGAAUAAAACCUUUCCAACUGCAGCAUUUUAGAAUGGAGGGUGAGCUGAGCCUGGUGGCCGGUCGCAGUCAGAGAGAGAAGAGAAGAUCUUAUAAAGAUCUCCUGCGAGAAGAGGAGAUCAUCGAUGCAGAGGUUCGCAAGUCUGCAAAGAAACGUCCUAAGGACUUAACAGACGGGCUUGUAGCAAACAGCGAGUUUCACAAAAAGAAGAAGAAGCACCAUGAUGAUUAUCAUUACAAAGAUCAUGGCUCUGGGUCACAUCACAAAAAGAAGAGACCAUCAGAGGGUCACGGCAGCUCCACGCUUGGCUCGGCCUCCUCCAGCUCCCCCAACUCUGGCAUGACCGCCAUGGGUCUGCUGCAGGCCAUAACCUCCCCUACAGCAGUGGGAUCUGAGCCCUGCCCAACGCUUCCCAAAAAACCCUCGUACCCCUCAAUCCCCUUGAGUAAAGAGCGCAAAAGAGAAAGCAUGCCAGCACCCAAACCAGCCAAGAAGAAACAGCAUGUGAUGCGAGAAGCACCGCCCGUAGUUGGAGAGGAGGUGGAGCUGGAAGGACAUUAUGGAGGAUCCUACGACCUGCUGGACGAUGAUAGCUCCUCCUCGGCGGAGGACGAAGAUGGCGGGCAGCUGGUCAUCGACGACUCUUUUAAUCAGUUAAGGAAAAAGAGCAAAAAGAGCAAGAAAAGCAAGAAGAAGAAAGACAAGGAGAAGGAACGACGGCACAGCAGCAGCAAAGCCAAUGGCAGCUCAGAUGCUGGCGUGUAUUCUGGUGGAAAAUCACACAGUGAUAAAAAGAAGAAAAAGGAAGAGAAAGCGAGGUUAAAAGCAGAGAAGGCAAAAAAGAAAGUCAUCACAGCGUAUCAGAUCUUCUCUAAAGAGUACAGGUUGAGCAUCUUGGAGGAACAGCCUGGUCUCGAUUUUGGGGAUUUGAGUAAGAAGUUGGCCGACGCUUGGAAGCAACUUCCAGAAGGAGACAAACAGGUAUGGAGGGAGAGGGCAGACUAUCUGCAGCACAAGAUGAAGUACGAAUCCUCUACAAAUAAACACAGCAAACACAGCCAGUCCAAACCUGCCAAAGACACCAGCAAAUCUAAAGGUGUUUCUCAGUACGCUAGUGCGGUUACUCCAACCCCAAAGGUAUCUCACACAGCUGCAUCAGUGCAAAAAAGGCCAGAGCCGGCCGUUGCUUCACCCCAGAAUGGUCCGUCUCUGGCUCCAGUAGCUGAACCAACACCCUCACCGCUCAGAGACCCGGAUGUAGACCCCAUUGAUGCUGCCGCCCACUUGCAGCUGCUGGGAGAGUCGCUCUCACUGAUUGGCCGCCGGUUGCAGGAGACUGAGGGCAUGGUGACCGUAUCAGGCUCUCUUUCUGUACUGUUGGACUCUGUGCUUUGUGCCCUCGGCCCUCUGGCGUGUCUUACUGCUCAGGUGCCAGAACUGAACGGCUGCCCUUCUCACAUACUGUCAAACACUUUGGACAAUAUAGCAUAUGUCAUGCCUGGACUCUGAACGCUACCGGAUCAUCUCUCAUGCACACACACUUUCUCUCCUUCUUUCUGGAUGAAGAAGCAUCGCUGGUAGCUUCUCAGCUCCCUCACCCAUGGACCUCCAUCUAUACAACCAGUACUCCUGUUUCUUACCAAGGAGAAAGGACUUGAAUUGCACAUUUUUGCACUGUCAGACCACAGGAACAUGUCUCCUUUUAACCUUCUUAAGCCAUCGUUCCCUUUUAUUCUGCUACUCAUUUUGUAUUUCUGUCUGUGUUUUGUUGUACUUUCAAUUAAAAGUAUUUUAGUGAGCCCUUUUAA